AUGACUUCUGAGAAAGUUGACAUUUCACCAAAACAAGACGGUGGAGUUUUGAAAAGAAUCAUCACCGCUGGUCAAGGAAUCGCCAAACCAGUCACUGGAACCACUGUUAAAGUUCACUAUGUUGGAACUUUGGAAAAUGGAACCAAGUUUGAUUCGAGUCGUGAUCGUUCAAGCCAAUUCGAGUUUGUUUUAGGGAGAGGACAGGUAUUUCAAUUUUCAGACAGACAUUUUGAAAUUGUAAUCGGUUUUCAGGUUAUCAAAGGUUGGGAUGUUGGAAUUGCUACCAUGACAAAAGGAGAAGUUGCCGAAUUCACAAUCCGAUCUGAUUUUGGAUAUGGAGAUGCUGGAAGUCCACCAAAGAUUCCAGGAGGAGCAACUCUUAUCUUCGAAGUUGAAUUAUUCGAAUGGACUGCUGAAGAUAUUUCACCUGAUAAGGAUGGAUCUAUUCUCCGAACCAUUAUUGUUGAAGGAAGUAAGAAUGCCAAUCCAAAUGAUACAAGUGAAGUAACUGCUCAUAUCGUCGGUAUUCAUAAUGGUAAAGAAUUCUACAAUCGCGAAGUCACUUUCUCGAUUGGCGAAGGUUCGGAAGAACAUUUACCAGAAGGAGUUGAUCGCGCUCUUCGUCGGUUCCAACUCAACGAGAAAUCGAAGAUUGAAUUGAGAGGUGCUCGUUUCACUUACGGUAACAAUCCACCGGCUGGAACUGACAUUCCACCAAAUGCCACUCUUGAAUUCACAAUCUUCCUCAAAUCGUUCGAAAAAGUGCCAGCCACAUGGGAAAUGUCGACUGAACAAAAACUCGAAGCUGCACAAAUUGCCAAAGAACGUGGUACAACAUUCUUCCAAAAGGGAAAUCUUCGGUUGGCAUAUAACAAAUACAAACGCAUUGAAGAUGUGUUGGAAUACGAGAAAAGUGCUGACGAGGAAGCGAAACAAAAAAGAAGUGCUCUUUUGCUCAGCGCAUAUUUGAACCUCAGUUUGGUUACUUCGAAACAAAACGAGCAAUUGGAGUGCAUCAAAUGGUGUGAUAAGGUAAAACAAAACUAUCUUCAAUUCAAAAUUUUGAAAUAUCUAAUUAAUUUCAGGCUCUCGAAAUCUCGCCAGAAAACGUUAAAGCCCUUUACCGCAAAGCUAGCGCCAUGUUCACCUUCUCUGAUAUUCGUGAGGCUCUUGAAGUUUUCGAGAAAAUCGUUGCAAUCGAACCAGAAAAUAAGGCGGCUGCUCAACAAAUUCUUGUCUGCAAAGCCAAACUUCGUGAGCAAAAUGAGCGUGAUAAGAAGAGAUACAAGAACUUGUUCUCCAAAAUCUCUGACAACACCACAACCAGCGAUGAUAAAGAAACUGUAAGUUUAUCUACUAUAUUUUAAUCUCUUCAAAAAAAAUGCUUUCAGGUUAUUUUCGAUGAUCAAGUUGCUUCAACCAGCUCUGACAGUACCACCACUGCUUAA